AUGUCUGCCAAAUUUCAACAAAUUUUCAAGACCAUAGUCAUAAUUAUAUUAGGGAAAUUAGUAUUGGUAUCUUCAAAUGAAUUAAUCUCUCAAAAUGACUUUCGUUACGUAGCAUAUCACGAUCUGCUUUCAACAUCUAGUCGAUAUACUGAUCAAAAUGUCACAACGUUUUCACGUCUUUACUUUGACGUGAACAAAAACAUAAUCAUUGCAGGUGCUAGAGACUUCUUGUACAAAUUUUCAUUGCAAUUAGAUUUAAUGCAAAAAGUGCAAUGGGAAGCAAGCAAAAAUUCUAUUGAUACAUGUCUUCAGAAAGGGCAAAAUGAGAAGGAUUGCAGAAAUUAUAUAAUGGCAAUUCAUGUUUAUAAUGACGAGAUUCUUGUUUGCGGAAGCUUUGCUUAUUCCCCAAAUUGUUCAUGGAGAAACAUUGACACACUAAAUUUAAUAAAGCAAGAGAAAAGCAUUGGAAAAAGUCCCUUCAAUCCUCGAUCAAAUAUUACAACUCUCGUGACAAGUGAUGGAAGAAUGUAUGUAGGAUCGACUAUAGAUUUUUCUGGAUCUGAUUCUGUCAUUUUGCGAUCUGAUCUCUCGAAUGAUUACUCAAAAACUUUAAGAACCAAGCAAUACAAUGAUUUAGAGCUUUUUGAUCCACAGUUUGUCGGAAGCUUUGAACAUACUGACUUCAUUUAUUUUGUAUUUCGUGAAGUUUCUAUUGAAGUAUCUAGUUUUGGUGGUAAAGCUAUUUAUUCUAGAAUCGCGAGAAUUUGCAAAAAUGACAAUGGAGGCACACAUAUAUUCAAAGACAAUUGGACAUCAUUUUUAAAAGCAAGACUGAAUUGCUCUUUACCUGGUGGGGACUUCCCAUUUUAUUUUGAUGAAGUUCAAGCAAUUUCAUAUUUAGCAGAAGAGGGCGAACUUUAUGCAACAUUCUCAACACCAGAAAACAGCAUUCAUGGUUCAGCAAUUUGUGUUUUUAAUAUUUCUGCUAUAGAAAGUGCAUUUAAUGGACAAAUAAAAUAUCAAGAGACCCCGGGUUCACCAAAUUGGCACCAAAAAACGAUAGAGUCAAGAAAUAAUUAUGAUUGUAAAUUUGAUCAUAAAUCUUCCAACAAUUUAUUAGACUCAACAAAGUAUCAAUUGCUUGAUAAAUCGGUACAACCUUUGAGUAUAAGUCCAUUAUAUGUGACGAAGUUAGAGAGAUUUUAUCAUAUUGUAGUGACAAAAAUUGCAACUAAAUUACAUGAAAAUGUAAAAGUAAUAUUUGUUUCUAACGAGGAAGGAUAUAUCAAGAAAAUUUCUGUUUUGCCAAGAACGAAGCAGUCAUGUUUAAUUGAGAUAUUGGAACCUGAACUUGCAAAUGCAAAAAUCGAAACAUUAGAAUAUUUACAGUUGACUCAAUCAAUUUACAUAGGAACAAGUAAUUCAAUAAUGAAAAUUCCUUCACAACGAUGCUCUAGGCAUUUGUCAAAAGUUUCGUGCAUGAAUUCGAUGGAUCCUUACUGUGGAUGGAAUGAUUUAACACUUGCUUGUACAUCCGCACCAAAUAACGAUCCAUUAACAUCAUAUUGGUAUCAAAACUCAACCAUGUGUCCAAUAUUAACUGUUCCUGUGGAUGGAAGUUUUUCUGCGUGGUCUUCAUGGUUUAAAUGUGCCAAAAAUGAUAAUGAACCAUCAUUUGGAAACGAUAAUAAUCAAGAUACAUGCUUUUGUAGGACCAGAAAUUGCAAUUCACCUGCACCUAAACAUGGUGGUAAAUUAUGCGAAGGUCAUACAAUACAGGUUUCAAACUGCACUGUACAUGGUGGAUGGUCUGAAUGGAGUGCUUAUGGUGCAUGCAGCCAGACAUGUGGAGUUGCGAUUAAAGUUAGGAAAAGAACGUGCACUAAUCCGGCGCCUAGACAUAGUGGAAGAAUUUGUGUGGGAAGUAAUCAACAAGAGAUUUAUUGCACUGAUUUACCUCCAUGCCCUCAAAUAAGUCCUACACUUGUAGGUCAGAUUGAUGGUCAAUGGUCAGAGUGGAGUGAUUGGAGUCAAUGUUCAGUGCCGUGUGGAAAAGGUUUUAGAAUUAGGGAACGAAAAUGCAAUGAUCCAGAACCUCAAAAUAAUGGAUUGGAUUGUAUUGGUUGUAAUAUUGAAUAUGAAGAAUGCAACAAACAAUCUUGCAAUGAAGUGAAGAAGCUUGGGCCGUGGACAACAUGGUUAGCAUUCAAUAGCUCUGAGUAUGGUCACAUGGAAAAACGAUAUCGUUACAUGUGUAAGGCACCAAUCAAUGAUCCAGCAGAACUGAAAAUUUCUUUAUUCAAAGAAGAAACAAGAAUGUGUAAGAAGAAUGAUAAUGUUUGUCAACGAGUUUAUCUUUCAAGCAAAGCAUCUUGGGGUUGCUGGACUGACUGGAGUCCAUGUAGUGUAUCUUGUGGUAAAGGAAGGAGAGUACGAUACAGAAAAUGUUUAUCAUCAAAUGGUGACAUAUUAGAUGAUAAAGAAUGCGGUGAUAAUCCAAGUGUACAAGAUGAAAUUUGUUAUAAUUCAAGUUGCGAUCCAGCAUCAAAAGAAUGCGAUGAAAACGGAAACAAAUUUCAGCUAUGCGAUAAUGCUACACAAGAAAAACUUUUAAGUUCAUCUUUAGGAAUACACUGGAUAUUCAUUUUAUUCUUAAUAUUUACAAUUCUCUGUUGCGGAAUCACAGGAUUUUUAACAAAGAAUAUAAUAGAACGUAAGGCUAAUCGCUCGAGAUCAAUUGGAUCUCCACAUUACUUGUCAACAUUUCCAAAUCAAUAUUCAAGUCUUCCAACUAAAGAUUAUAUAGAAAACAAUCGAGCCAAACGUCAGCCAUCAUUUAGUGGCAGCACUAGUCGGUCUAAAGUUCCAAAUUCACAAGGAACAUUAACGAAAUCAAACAAUAAUUUGCUAAAUCAAAAUACACCAAAAAUUUUAAAAUUCCAAAAUGAUACCGACACCUCCACAAUGAAACGAAACUCUGCUUUGAAUAAUAUGCGCUUGAAGCAAAUAGAAGAUGACAAAGAUAAAUACUAA